AUGUUCUACUAUAACGUGACAUUAAGUUAUGGUCGGCUAUUCAUGGCAUCUGUGCUCACUGCAGCCGACACUCUGCACCUCGGUGGUGCCGAGCAUAUUGGAGCCUACAGUACCGAAUAUCUAGAUGACAACACCUAUAACAUCCGGGACGAGAUCAACAGCCUAAACAUGGAUUUCACAUGUGCAUGA